CGGCACCUCGAGUAGGACAUUUUAUCUUCCUUUAUAGAGGUAUCACAAGAUGUCGAAGUGUUGGGCUUGUCUACUUCUCGUCGCUUCAUUCAUUUGUUUUAAAACACAUUCAGUCUCAGGAGCCUGCACACCAGGAACGUAUGGUUUGGGCUGCAGCUACGCCUGUCACUGUAGUACUAACUGCAAUGACGUCAUAGGCUGUUCCGGCAGCUGCCUCAGAGGAUGGUCUGGACCCAAAUGCAAUAAGGAAAACAUAGCUCUGGAUAAAGGAACAAACCAGAAUUCUUAUUGGGAGACUUGGAUGAAAUCGGCACGUGCUGUAGAUGGGAGUCUCAAAACGCGUUUUCAAUACAACUCGUGUAUUCACACAGCAGGUGGACGGCCGUUCACCUGGUGGAAGGUAGACCUGGCUGAAGAUUACUACAUACACAAGUUAGCGAUUUACUUCAGAAGAGAUAACACAGGUCGCAGGAAUGGUGUUAAGGUGUACAGCUCUGUCGAUGUAAACCAAACAAACACUGGUCACCUGUGUGGUUCAGCAACGUUAGACAGUCCGGAUGUGACGUGGAUGACAUGUGACAACACAUCGAGAUACAUCACACUCUACCAAGAUACAUACAAUGAACGCACUCGUGACACGGCAAUGGAUUUCUGUGAAGUCCAAGUGUUUGUUUGUGAUGCUGGAACUUUCGGUGACAACUGCACCAUGUUCUGUCACUGUCAAGAUGGACCAUGUAACUAUGUAACUGGAGAAUGUUCGGGAGGAUGUAAACCAAACUGGACUGGACACACGUGCAGUGAGUGUGACUCUAACCACUAUGGUCAUCUGUGUGAAAACUCUUGUUCCAAUAAACAUUGUAAUGGAUCAUGCAAUAAACUAACUGGACAAUGUGAGAAUGGAUGUACAGCAGGAUGGAUGGAACUAGACUGCACAAAGAAAUGUUCAGAAUCUACAUAUGGCUUCCAAUGUGCAAACAACUGUAAUCAGCGAAAUUGUCUAGGAAACUCGUCGUGUGAUCACGUGGCUGGGACAUGUGAUCAAGGUUGUGAUCGAGGAUAUCAGGGUGAAGAUUGUGCAACGAAGUGUGAUGUUGGAAAUUAUGGCCCAGAUUGCAAUUCCUCGUGCAGUGCAAGACGGUGUAAAGCUAAUGACGAAUCAUGUGAUCACGUGACUGGUUUAUGUAGUGGACCAUGUGAAGCUGGUUGGCAAGGAGUUGACUGCACGCUCAGCAUUGCACAAACCGCUGCACCUAAUGAAAAUCCAGGACCAAUUAUUGGUGGUGUCAUCGGUACCGCUGCGGUUGUUGUUGUUGUUGUUGUGGCCGUCAUCAUCUUUGUAUUUCUGAGGAGAAGGAAACAGGCAAAAGACGAUACCAAAGCUGGUGAACCAAUCGUACCUGAACAUAAACCAUCAACAAAAGAAAGACAACACCAUGCACCUGACUUCUCUGCCUACGUUAAUGUUGAACUAUCCUCAUCAAAUUCUGCCAAAAGGUUUGAGGUAAAUGAAACCUUCGCCAGUGAUGAAGUACCAACAGUAAACACUGGUGACGUAGCACUAGUGGUUGAUCAAGGAGAGUCAGAAAUCCAACAGCCUGACGAAGAUGAGGAGGACAUCCAGGAUCUUAACACGUACUACAAUGAAGACCAACCAGCAGCUCCUUCCUUCAGUCUGCCAGAAGAAGGUUUUGACGUCACAGAACUUGAAGGUAUCAUAGAGAGCAUCAGGAAUCAACCUGGAGGAUUUCAAGCAGAAUAUGUUCAUGUGAAUGUACAGAACAACAUCAGACUACAACCACUUGAUCUGUCAGUGAAUAAGGAUUACAAAGACGAACUACAUCUGAACAACAUCAAAUGUGUCUUUGUACCAGCAUGUUGUACAGACAGACUACAACCACUUGAUCUGUCAGUGAAUAAGGAUUACAAAGACAAACUACAUCUGAACAACAUCAAAUGUGUCUUUGUACCAGCAUGUUGUACAGACUACAACCACUCUAUCUGUCAGAGAAUACGGAUUACAAAGACAAACUACAUCUGA